AUGAAAUACAAUUUUCAUUCCAUUUCAAUUUUUUUUAUUCCACAUAAAAAAAUUUUAUUCCAUUUAUUCCUAACUUGUUAUUACAUCUAAAUUAAUCCUCCUCAAAACCAAACCGAAUAAAUCGACUUCCCUGCAAAUUGAGAACCGACAAAUCGACUUCCGAACAAAUUGAAAACCGAACAAACCGGAUGCUCAGCUUUAAAACAUUUUUAUUUUGUUUGGAAAGUGCUCGAAUUUUUCUUGCUCCUCCGCAAUUUGUUUCUCCUUCUCAAGAACAAUGCCCGUCAAAUGGGUUUUGUAUUGGCAGCCUAAUCAAGGAUCAACUGUAAGCAGCCAAAUCCUCAACGAAGCUACACAGUGCGUUGAGAGCAUCAAUGGCGUCAAAGAAGGAAGAUGGAAAGCGACUCUCAUCUAUUACAAACCCAUGUUACGAGACCAGGCGAAUCAAGCGGAGUUCCCGCGUGAUUUUCUGGGGAUUUCGUUAGCGGAUCAGCCGAGUAAGUACUAUUUCAUCAUCAGGUCGCAGAGGAUUGUUCUGGAAUCGGAUUCGUCGAUUCAAUUGAUAAUGGAGAAGCUUCAGUCUUACAAAUCGAAGGUCGCUCUUUACUUUGAAGGGUUUCAGUAUCAGCUUGGGGAUUUUCGAUUGAGAGUUGGUAAAGUUGUUCCUACUCACUCCGAGAAUGUUAGAGGAAUAGUUAUGGAGGGUAUGGAGCUAUUUGCAUUUGGUGCUGAUUCUUAUUCGCAUUUGGUGGUGAUUCUUGAUGCUAUUUACGAUGUGGAGUAUCUUCCUAUAUCAUCAAUGGAGAAGUCAAGGAAAGUAAUGGAGGAGUUCUUGGAGAUAUGGCAUGAAGCUCUGUUUAAAAGAUCGUUGCCUGGUAAGUUUGUGAACACAGAGCUUAACUUUGGAGAGUUUGGACUUGGAGACAGCUACACUCCACAGCACACUGCUGUUCGAUACGCUCUCGUCAUGGCUCACAUGAUUGCAACCGUUCAAGCUGUGAGAGGCUAAACUAACUAAAACACAGAGCCAUUCCAUUGAGCUUUCCUUUUUUGGUAAAAACUUGUGAGUGAUUUCAUUGGUCAUUUUUUUAUAAAUAUGUAUGUUUAGAAGAAGUAGAAAACUUGAGAUUGAAGCAGAUUAUUGAUUUGAAUUCUGGUUAGUUCUCGCAAUUGUGAAUCUUGAAUAUUCCGACCUUACCAAGAACUGGUCUUUACAUACGCAUCAAACAAACAACAUUUCCUCCCGC